GCCCUACGGGAAAGGCGGAGGGAGGAGAGGGUAGAGCGGGGGAUGCGGAGCAGCGCGGCCGUCGGGGCAAUCGGAAGCGAUGGGUUCGGAUAUAUGUUGUAGGAUACAUCGCAGCCGCCUUCGCUUUGACUUGGUUAUUCCUUGAAAGCCGAGCUAGAAAAAGCCUUUGCUAAUAUCCAUCUUUCAGGUUGGGUAUUGGGUAUUUCUUCUCCGAAGGAGAGGUCGGGCAAUGGAAUGGGGUGAUAAGGGAAGGAGUGGACCUCCGCCCCAUGGAGGUGGUUAUGAGAUGGGUAUUGUGGGGAUGGGUUUGGGUCGGACCUUAGAAGCCCUUCUCCAACCUUAAUGAUUCUGAGAUACUACUGGGAUUAGUAACUGGCUUCUCCUGUUACGCCUGAUGAUGAAGCGCUGGCGACCUUGAAUGCUGAGGUCCUUGAAUAGACAUCCUCUCGCUGAGUGUAGCUUGACUUAGCCUUGCACCAAACACUGUGAGAUCAUUUUUCUUUGCAUAGGAGGAAGCUACAGAUGCUUCUCACCCCCCCAAAAAAGUCUCAAGUCGUAGAACUGAAUUGAUAAUACCAUCUUUUUAACCAGAAUGGGAAAAUAUGAGGAGGAAAAUUUCACAGGAGGUUGAGGGAGACAAAGUCAGGGUGGCUUUAACAUGCAGGUGAUGGAUGCAGUGUUCUGUACUGAAUGGUUUAGUUUUUCCCCCCCUGUUGUACAAAUUGCAAGUGGAAAGAAAGCAUUGCUUGUGAUAGCUGCCUGAUUGAGUGCUGUUGAGUAUACAGGGGCUGGGGAUCUGAGUGCAUUGUGCUGAAAAGAAAGUUACUUUAGAGCUAAGUUAGGAAACUAGAGGGGAAUAUUCCAGAGAAAUACAACUGAAGGGAUGAAAAUCUUAAUGCUUCCACACAAAUCUAGUUUUUGAAGUGGAGGCUAUUCAGAGGAAAGGCAUUGCACUUUCUCCUUCUUCUCCUUGCACAUUAUCUUCAUAAUUUUCUUCCUUUUGUGUGUAAUGGACCAUGAAGCUUUUACCUCUCCCCUAGGGCACUUGCCAAUAGGAUUAUUAUCCACUGCCUGAAGUCUAUGCGUAAUUCCACAAUCUUGUCUUCUAAAACUAGUUCAGAUGUGAAGCCUGCUAGGUCUGCAGAAAGUUCUUAAGCUUGCACAUGACUUCAGAAAGAAAGCUAACAGCUGGCAAUGACACAGUGCUCAGAUAUUGGGAGUAUGCAAGGAAAGGCAGCAAGAGAGCAGCAUCUUCAGAUGCUGGCCCAUCCUCUGAGCCCACAGCAUUAGAACCAUAGACUCUACAAGGGACUGUAUAGGACGUGAUGGUGUGUCCCAUGUGUCCCUCAAGCUUUUCGUUUUGUAGGUCCUCACUGAGUCUCCCUGUCAUGGAGCAGCUGAAAUGUUCAGCAGUGGCACAGAGGGGACAUCAGCUCAGCUGCAGAGAGUCCUUGCUGGAAGUCAGGCUGUUCUGCAGCACCAAACCGAUUAUAGCCAGGGGUGAUCAGACAAGCAGCUGACACAAGGAAUGCAGAGGAUAAUCUAAAUCCUGUUAGUGACAUCUGGCAAGGUCUGUGUGAUUGCGGAAAGCUGUUAACAGUGACAUGAAAUGAUGAUGGCAGCGUGGUCCUGGAGGAGUCUCUGGUAUCAUCCUCCUGGCACAGGCUUUGUUAGGAUCUGGUGGGAAGGUUUGAUCCUGGUCCUGCUUUGUCCCCUGAUCACAUCUAGUACAUAGAAUCAUAGACUGGUUCUGCACCUUGUGAUGCUGUCCAGGGUGGAGAGUCCUCUCCUGGCUGAGGGAUCCCACAAUGUCCUCUCCCCAUAGUUAGGAGUGUUCAUUAGCUGGUGACAACUUCAAUGAGUGCCUGAGCAGAAUCCUUUUGGCCUCUGAAAACCACUGGAAAAAAACUGGGGCUUUCUGAGUGUGAGCUUGAGUGUUUCUCAGUGCUGUUCUCCAAGCCAGGGAGGUAGGAUGCAUUGCAAAAGAGAGCACUGCUGCUCCACUGUCUGCUUCUUAGAUCAGCACAGACAGCUGGUCGCUGGGGAAUAGCAUGUCUGAUGAGUCGGAGCCUCUGCAAGAACCAGCCCCAUUUCAUCUGAACUGCAGUCUGAGGAUGGAUCAUUAGCUUUGCUGGUACUGAAAUCCACCUGCAAGAGCCUUUCCGACCACAAGAGCUGAAGUUUGGACACUGUCAGGGAUUACAGAUAAAUGGAAGACUUGGAGACUAACUUAAUCCAGACACGCAAAGCAUGCAGGAUAGAGCAGAUGGUAGCAAAAUGGCUUCAUCGCUCCCGGGAUGGUGCAUCCAGUGGCAGAGUGUCUGUGACAGACGUCAGCAGCGAUGGCGGUGCCCAGGCUAUCAGCCGUGUCAAACUCACUGUCACAGUGUACAAAGACUUGGUCCUCCAUCACUACGGCUUCGAGAUUUGUCCAGACCUUCCUCUUACAAUCGCAUCUGUCACUGCAGGGAGCACUGCGGAUGGGAAGCUGCUGCCAGGUGACCAACUGCUCCGGAUUAACUCUACCAUGGUGGAGGACAUGUCUAUUGAACGGGUGGCUGACAUCAUCAGGGAUGCUGGUGAUGAGCUCCUCCUCACUGUCAUUCGUUGCACAUCGGGUGGGCCAAAGUCAUCGUUUCUCACCGAGGAGAAGAGGGCAAGGCUGAAAACAAACCCCGUGAAAGUGCGUUUUGCAGAGGAGGUGCUGGUGAAUGGGCACUCACAGGGGAAUUCUCUUCUUUGUAUGCCGAAUGUCCUCAAGGUAUACUUGGAAAAUGGUCAGACCAAAGCUUUCAGGUUUGAGACCAGCACUACUGUAAAGGAUAUUGUUCUCACCUUGAAGGAGAAGCUCUCCAUCCGGAGCAUCGCUCACUUUGCCCUCACCUUGGAGGAGCAGUACAACGCAUCAAAGAUCCAUCUGCUGCAUGAGGAGGAGCUCAUUGAGCAGGUUGUCCAGAAAAGAGAAUCCCAUGACUGCCGAUGCCUCUUCAGGAUUUGCUUUGUCCCAAAGGACCCUUUAGACCUGCUGCAGGAAGACCCAGUUGCUUUUGAAUAUCUCUACCUGCAGAGCUGCAGCGAUGUGCUGCAGGAGAGGUUUGCUGUGGAAAUGAAAUGCAGUGUGGCAUUACGUCUGGCUGCCCUGCAGAUACAGGAACGGAUCUACACGUGUGCUCAGCCACAGAAAGUCUCUCUGAAAUACAUCGAGAGAGACUGGGGAAUUGAAAACUUCAUCUCACCAACUUUGCUUCGAAACAUGAGAGGAAAGGAUAUAAAGAAAGCCAUCAGCUACCACAUGAAACGGAACCAGGUCCUGCUGGACCCUCGGCAGAAGCAUAUGCUUGCAGCGGUCCAAGUGCGCCUGAACUACUUGCAAAUACUGGGAGACCUGAAGAUGUACAGUGGGAAGAUCUUUAAUGCCACCCUGAUGCUACAGGACAGGGAAUCGUACGUUGCCUUGCUGGUGGGUGCCAAGCACGGGGUGAGCCAGAUAAUCAAUAGUAAGCUCAGCAUCAUAACCAGCCUGGCAGAGUUCUCAAACAUCAGCAGGGUGGAGAUGACGGAGGAGUCAGAGAAAGUGAGCAUGGUGAAAAUCUACCUGCAGGACCUGAAGCUGCUGACUCUGCUGCUGGAAUCAAACAGUGCGAAAGAUCUUGUCUGCCUCAUCGUUGGCUAUUACAGACUGUUUGUGGAUGCAAAUGUCUCCGUAUUUACUUGGGGAGAGAAAAGACAGCAACUACACCGUGUCUCAGCCGAAGAAGGGUAUGAAUCUCGAACCUGCAGUGAUUCUGAAGACUCUUGGGAGAUGGAUUCCUCCUCUGAGCAUUGCUUGGGCAUACACAGCAGCACCCAUCCUGUGUCUGAGGAGAAGAUGGGAGAGCUUCAGAGCCUGGAAAAGGACAGCACAGAGCCCCAGCCUAUAGGGAAUUACCUGCGUGAUGGGGGUGACAAUGCAGACAGCACAUCUGAUGCUUCUGAUUCAGCCAACACAGAGAGCCGAGGGUUUAAGACGAGUGGCUCGAGUGACUCAAUGGAUGCGCUGGAAGAAGAUGAGUUAGAAGCCUGCUCUUCCUCCAGGCCAGAGUUUUUCCACUUCUACACACCUACUGUGCAUGAGAUGAACAGCUUGGACAAGAGCUUCCCCAUUUGUGCUGCAGGAGGCUCUGGCGGAUCAGAAGCCAGAGACUUCUUCUGUUUCUUGCAGGUACCAGAAGCAGAUAAACACGGGUGUAAGCACAGCCCCUGUGAGCAGAAAGGAGUAGAUAGUGAUGUGUCUGUGCUGCGGACCAAGCUGUCUGAGAGAAACUCCAUGGACUAUUACAGCCUGUGCUGCAGCAUUUCCCCUGCAGGCAGCGUGGAGAGGAGCAGCAUCAGUCACAACCAUAACAGAAGUCCUUGGAAAGAUGAGUCUGCCCAUGAUGAGGUGCCGUGGGGAGCAGAACAGAUGGCAGAAGUGAGCGAUCUCAUUCUGGAGCCACCCCUGGGCUUCGGUGACACCAGCUCUGAGGAGGAGUUCUAUGAUGCUGCCGACAGGCUCAGCCCCCCCUGUUCCCUGCCAGCAGGCUGCCAGGCGACAUCCCAGGAGAGCGCAGAAGAUAACUGCAUCCUACAGAAACCGAGAUGUUACAGCUUGGGAGAAAACUCAAUAUCAAGAGAGAAAUACGGAGAGGAGAAGCAGCUGAUGUAUUCCAAGAGCCUGAGGAAGAGGAGAUCUUUUCUGAAAACCAAUUACACCUCACAGGUCACUUUCCCACUGGCUCUACCAGGCUCCUCACAGAGCUGCUGCUCCUGGCCACCCACCCCAGCACUCCCUGCUCAGUCCUCAGAUCCAUCUUCUUCAGACAAGGAUGCAGAAAUGGGAACGCCUGCCCCCCAGACUCAAACAGACAUUGCUGGCACAAAGUCAUCCUCCGGUGUGAUGGAAAUGGAGCCUGACACCAUGGAAAUAAAGUCAGUGACUGACUUGGUGGUUUCUUCCAUUUCAGCUGUUCGUUUGCAAGGUGACCAUAGGGAGGAGAGUGCGGAUGUUGCUGUAGAUGUGGGUCAGCUCUCUCGUGCUGCACAUGCUGUACACCCAAAUUCACUGUUCCAAGAGGAAGCCGUGCACCAGGAGCAAAGCAGUGCUAUAAAGGAAAGCCCCACAGUGAAAUGGCCAAGUGAUGAGAGUUGUGUGACCACCAGAGAUCAGCCAGCCCAGGCAGCACCAGAAGGGGAGUGUGAUGUGAUGGAACCCACGCACAAAGCUGGCAAUGUCCCCCCAUUCCAGGGUCAGGAGAUGGUCUGCCCUGCUGAUGAGUGCACUCUGCCUCCUUCCUCUUGUAGUGCUUCUCCCCAUGGGGUGGCCAAGGAGCAAGAUCUGCUUCCCACUGUCUGGAGGCAAAUGGGAUGUGAGGAGUCUGUCCUGGUUCCAUGUGGUGAAGGAAAAGCUAACCUCGAUUUCUGUGCUGAGAACAGGAGGGACAGUGCCUUGUCACAGGCCAAAAGCAGACAAGCAAUAAGCACAGAGGCCUUAAGGGAAGUGUACAAUAAAAAUGAAUUGGGUUUUCCAGAUGUAACACAGCUGUUAGCAAACAACAGCAGCAGUUCAGGGGUUAUAGCUCAACUCUCCUGGCUCACAGUUCAGGUGAGAUCAGAUCUAAUAUCACCCAACCCAACUCAGAAUAGAAGACAUGACCCUUUAGAGCUUUUGGACUCUCAAAGGAGCGCUGUGUGCGUGGGGGAUGAUGCUGUCAGAAAGGAGAUGCAGACAUCAUCAGCUACACUAUCUCCUGAGAAAGAGUUGGAAAGCAAGAAUGGGAUGGUUGAAGGGGAGCCCAGAAAAGACACAGAAGAUGCAGCUCAUGAGCAUCACUGUCCUGUUCAGACUCCUUUCCUUGGAGAACAGUCUGCCAUAGUGGGGAAAGACUCCCUCCAAACCAGAGAGCUUUCCAUCUCCCCAAACUCAAUUCCCUUGGGCUCACUGGGGAAAACAGGAGACUGUGUGGAUUCAAAUCCCUCCUUCCUCUGCUUUAAUCACAAAAAGGAUGAGCGGGAUGCUGCUGCCGGAUCCAUCCUGACCAGGUCUUUGGGAUUUUCUGUGAUGAGGAAGACAUCGGCACAAUUUGGGAUGGACAAGUGCAGCUGUCAGCUGUCCUAUGUCAGCUGUUUCCAUAGACCUGAUGAAGACAGAAAGCAGGAAACCACCGUUCCCAUGUGCAGCGUGUUCCUGCAGCCUGUCACUACCCCACCAUCCACCAGCUGCAGUCCCCCCAUUGUGACAGGGCAGUCAGUGAGUGCAGAGGAGCCUCGACACAUUACAUUCACGUAUCACUAGGCUCUCCCAUACGGGACAUUUAACCCCCAUAGCUCAGCACAUGGUCAUGGAAAGGCACCUCUGUGCAUCAACUGACCUCUACCAACAGCUGCCUAGUUCAGGGGUGGACAUGGGACAAAGCACGUGCCCCUCCAUCCUCGCUUUAUCUAAACACAAGCUCUGCAUAAUGUGCAAACUCACUGAGCACUUCAUAGCUUAUCUAUGUAGCCUGGGAUAUUUCCUUCAGCUCCCCAGCACUUUGUGGAUAGCCAGUCACAUAAGUGUUGCCCUAGCCUCCUCUGUUACCUGUGAUACACACAUCCCAGGUAGAGAGGUGACCAAGCAAGCUCUGAAGGAGAGAUCAGAAUCCACUCUGGUCCAACAAGGAGAGCUGGGCUGUUCUGCCUGUGGUUGAAACCACUUUGGGUUAAAGAAUUACUCUGUUUAUCUGCUUCUCCUUGCAAAGGUUAUCCCAGGUUGGGGAUGCAAACCAUAUCCUUUCCUCCUGCUGUAGUUUCUGUAUGUCAGCCUUAACUAUUUACAGUCGCUCAUGCUGAAGAAAGUCCCUAACCAGCAGCCUCCCCCACUGCUAGCCUUGCCAUGAAAUAGCUACCUAACCAUCCCUGUCUUCCAAUAAAAGGGGAUAAAUCUUGAAGACAGAAGUGCCAACUUUGCAGCUGUUGACAUAACCCGUUAUGCCGGCCUCCCUUGAAGGCACGCUGCUUUUCCUUCUCGUCAAUAGCUGCACAAAGUGCUAUAUAUGCCUAGCUAGAUACGAGCUACCAGCCCUUAAACAUAUCCUAAUUGAGCACCUCUAGUGAAUGUGUGCUUUCCAGUGCUGGAGGCACAUCCUCAGCAAUCUGGUGGUAAAGAGGGUUGCAGCAAGUCCUUGACUGCAGUGACAUUUAUCUACUUACAGCUGAUGAGCACAGAACAUGAAUGCAAGCAGGAAGAGCCCAUAGGACACAAUAAAGCAACGGGCAGCUGCAAACUAUUUCAGCCUCUAUGGGGAGAAACCACCUGCUGACAGUAUGAAUCAUGAGUACCAAACUCCUGGUGGUAUUGAAGGCCCUUGGUAUGAAGGGGAGAUGAAGAUGGAGGCAAAGGUGACAGGA